UUGGAUACAUAAUGUAGUUUUGACCCAAAAAAUACACAUAAUAACUGUGAGUAUCUUACAUUAUCUUGAUUUAUACUAUACACACCUUUUAAUGUUUACACUAAAAUGAAACUUUACAACAUGUAUUUUGCUUUUCACAUAACCAUCUCUAUUUUGUCUGUUAGCACAAUGACUAUUGGGAUUUUUAGCACAUGGGACCAUCAGUUCAACACCACUGAGCAAGCACUCACAGACAAAAUAAAGAACAACCCUAGCUUUCCAUUUACUUUAAUUAAGGAGGUGUUUGUUCUUGAAUAUGUGCAUGAAAACAUCUGGAAAGGUUCGCUGCUACUAAUCGCCUCCACUAUUGGAACUGCCUGCUACAUGAACAUAGAGUUUCAGGACUAUCACAAGUAUGCUGGGUUCCUGGUGUUCAGCUUGUGCGUGUCUCUGUGGCUUAUCUGUUCCGGAGCCUUCCGCCGGCGCCUGGAGAUCGAUCAUAAGAAGAAGGAGUACCGAUACUACAUCCACACACAUCUACGCCACAGGGGCCCUCUGCACCAGAUCUACAUCCGCAUCAUAGCACAAAAGAGUGGUGAGGGUCACUAUAAAUAAGGGCCAGUGUUAUUCUUUCACCUUCA